CGCCACUUCCGGUAAAAUCUCCUCGCAGAGUCACGUGACAUUGAAUUAGCUUUGCCGUCUCUGCUAUCUUUAAGCCGUUAAUGUUUACUUGCUAGCGAUGUUCACCAUCUCGUCGUUGGCGACACCCCGUCGACAAAGGGCCUCCGAUACAUACCCGAUAGCCUAUUUUCAUCGAUCAGGGGCGAGGAAUUGUAUUGUAAAGACAGCGGCCGCGCUCGGGCUCGACGUCACGUGACCAGCAUGCGGCUAAGCGUGUGAUAAAAGAUGGCGCGAGGCAGAAGCCGUUAGGAGCCACGGAGCGGAGAGGACAACAAGCUCCCUGCUGAAGCCACACUCUGGCUGGUCACUGUCAAGAUUCUACCCUCCACACUGUACAUUAGCCUGCUAACCUAAGAGACUGAAGGGGAAACUACAUGAGUCAGACGGACCAGGAAGUUGAACACAGCAAAGCAAUGCGUUUCAAACACGUGCCGUAGUCUGGGUCACUUUGGAGCAAGUCACUCGUUCCUUUUUACGUGCAGCAGGGACACAUGGGGGACACAGCGUGUUCUGUCUUGAAUGGUCUAUUGAAGAUGGAUCCUGGACAAGACUUGCUUCUGGCAGCGCUAAGCGAGAGCGGCAUUUGCCCAAACGACCUUUUCGAUGUUGACCCUCAAGAUGUUUCACAUUCUUCUUCAGCCCACCAGUCCAUCUCUAUCAGUGCCCUCGACGAUGGCUUCGGGGUUGCUGGGACAGAGGCUUCAGCUCCACAUACCACACUUAUGAUCAGGCAAAAACCUCAGCCCUCCACCACCACCUUUGUCUUAAAUCAACUGAAUCAGUUGCCGUCGCUUGGGGCCGUCACCACCAAGCAGUCCACCAACCCCAUCAAACACACCAUCACGGUCACCAAGGUGGUGCACGUGGCCUCCACACUGCGGGGGUCCUCCAGUCCCUCGUCCCCUUCGGUGUCCACAGCCGUGCCUUUGAACCGGGAUCAGAUUCAGUUGAAGGAUCUCCUUAGGACGGGGGGUCUGAAGAAGACCACUACGUUAAAGGGCAACAGCUUGAUGGAACUCAUGAAGUUGAAGCCACCGUCAGACAUCGCACAACCAGUUGCCACCGCAACCGCUGCAGGACACUUGGAGCUGAACAACGGCAUCAAGAAGGAAUUCUCCAUUAAAGACGCUACCCGCUUUUGGGUAAACGAUGAUGUUAAAGUACAACAAUUUUCACAUCCUCUUAAAUCCCCAAGCAUAAAGGAGGAAGAGGAGCCUGAGGAAGAGGAGGAAGAGGAAUUGGGCCACGCAGAGACGUAUGCAGAGUACAUGCCCAUGAAAUUAAGGAUAGGCCUGCGACACCCUGACCCAGUUGUGGAGACGAGCUCCCUAUCAAGCGUCAACCCUCCUGACGUCUGGUACAGGAUGUCCAUCCCAGAGGAAAUCAUUGACCGCGGCUGGCUGUCUGCACUGCAGCUAGAGGCCAUUACAUAUGCAGCGCAGCAACACGAGACGUUCCUCCCUAACGGAGACAGAGCAGCCUAUCUGAUAGGCGAUGGUGCGGGUGUUGGAAAGGGCAGAACCAUUGCGGGCUGCAUCUAUGAGAACUACCUGCUAGGCAGGAAGAGAUCCCUCUGGUUCAGUGUUUCAAACGAUUUGAAGUACGAUGCCGAGAGAGAUCUCCGUGAUAUAGGUGCGAAGAACAUUCAGGUCCAUUCUCUAAAUAAGUUCAAAUAUGGCAAGAUCUCCUCGAAACACAACGGUAGCGUGAAGAAGGGCGUGAUUUUCGCAACAUACUCUUCUCUGAUCGGAGAGAGCCAGUCGGGAGGGAAGUACAAAACCCGGUUCCAGCAGCUCCUCCACUGGUGUGGGGAGGACUUCGAUGGCGUUAUUGUCUAUGACGAGUGUCACAAAGCCAAAAAUGUUUGUCCGGUUGGCUCGUCCAAACCGACGAAGACCGGCCUGGCCGUUCAGGAGCUGCAGAACAAACUCCCCAAAGCCCGGGUCGUGUACGCCAGUGCCACAGGCGCCUCUGAACCAAGAAACAUGGCGUACAUGAACCGCCUGGGCAUCUGGGGCGAGGGCACCCCCUUCAGGGAGUUCAGCAACUUCAUCCAAGCUGUGGAGCGCAGAGGUGUCGGCGCUAUGGAAAUCGUUGCCAUGGAUAUGAAACUGAGGGGGAUGUACAUUGCCAGGCAACUGAGCUUUACGGGUGUGACUUUCAAAAUCGAGGAGGUUCCGCUGACGCCGCAGUACAUCAAGAUGUACAACAAGUCUGUGCGCCUGUGGGUGAGCGCACGCGAGAAGUUCCAGGCGGCCGCCAACCUCAUGGAAGCCGAGCAGCGCAUGAAGAAGUCCAUGUGGGGCCAGUUCUGGUCGGCCCACCAGCGCUUCUUCAAGUACCUCUGUAUCGCCUCCAAGGUCGGCAGAGUUGUCCAGCUGGCCAGGGAAGAGGUCCACAACGGAAAGUGCGUUGUGAUUGGUCUACAAUCCACUGGAGAAGCGCGGACACUUGAGGCCUUGGAGGAAGGAGGAGGAGAACUCAAUGACUUUGUUUCCACCGCAAAAGGUGUGUUGCAGUCCCUGGUGGAGAAACACUUCCCAGCCCCUGAUCGACAGAAGCUAUUCAGUCUAUUGGGUAUCGAUCUCUCGGCAAAGAAGACUCCCUCGCCCGCUGAGAAAGUGGUUGAACAGAAGGGCAAGAAGAGGAAAGGUCCAGAAUUAAAAAAGCAGGUCAAGAAGAAGUCCCGUAUACACGGAGGACUUUCAGGAAGCAGCUCGGACGACAGUCAAUCAGAAGACUCGGAUAAAGACGGCGAGAGCGACGACAGUUUCAAAUCAGUCAGUUCGGCCGACGACGAUGACUUCAAUCCAUUCCGAGACGAGUCGGACGAAGAUGAGGAGGAUGAUCCCUGGCUUAUCAGAAAAGAACCAAAGAAGGGGAAGAAGGAUAAGAACAAGAAGAAGAAAAAAUGCAUCGACCCAGACUCCAUUCAAAGUGCCUUGCUAGCGUCUGGGCUCGGGUCGAACCGGCCCAAGUUCACUGCCCCGCCGGCUAACCCUACCAUCAAGCACGCCGUCGUCAAAACGGAGAGCCAGGACGGCUUUCAAACGAGCCAAGAUGCGGUGGAGGACGCCCAGAAGAUGAAGAAGGACCUGCUGGACAACCUGGAGAAACUAGCGGAGAGCCUGCCCCCCAACACUCUGGACGAGCUCAUCGACGAGCUGGGAGGACCGGAGAACGUGGCCGAGAUGACUGGCCGGAAAGGUCGCGUGGUCAGCAACGAUGACGGCAGCAUCUCGUACGAGUCUCGCUCCGAGCUGGACGUGCCCGUGGAGAUCCUGAAUCUGACGGAGAAGCAGAGGUUCAUGGAUGGAGAGAAGAACAUCGCCAUCAUCUCUGAAGCAGCCAGCUCAGGUAUCUCCUUGCAGGCGGACCGGCGUGUUAAAAACCAGCGAAGAAGGGUCCACAUGACUCUGGAGCUGCCCUGGAGUGCAGACAGAGCUAUACAGCAGUUCGGGAGGACCCACAGGUCCAACCAGGUCACGGCUCCAGAGUACGUGUUCCUCAUAUCGGAGUUGGCCGGGGAGCAGCGGUUUGCCUCCAUCGUGGCCAAGAGGCUGGAGAGUCUGGGCGCUCUUACCCAUGGGGACAGGAGGGCGACUGAAACAAGGGACCUCAGCCGAUAUAACUUUGACAACAAGUAUGGUAGGAAUGCUCUGGAGAUCGUCAUGAAGUCAAUUGUGAAACUCGACUCUCCGCUUGUGUCGCCACCUUCCGAUUUUGACGGGGAUUUCUUCAAAGAAAUUCAAUGUGGCUUAAUAGGAGUGGGUCUUAUAACUCUUGAAGAAAGAUCUGGUGUGAUGACCCUUGACAAAGACUACAACAAUAUUGGGAAGUUCCUGAACCGUAUUCUGGGCAUGGAGGUGCAGCAGCAGAACUCCCUGUUCCAGUACUUUGCAGACACACUGGCGGCCGUCAUACAGGAAGCCAAGAGGAACGGCCGAUUUGACAUGGGCAUUCUGGAUCUUGGCUCGGGUGACGAGAAGGUGCAGAAGGUCGAGUGCAAGAAGUUCCUGACGCCGGGCUACACCACGUCGGGCCACGUUGAGCUCUACACCGUGAGUGUGGAGAGGGGAAUGUCGUGGGAGGAGGCCACUCAUGCCUGGGCAGACCAGAGUGGGGCUGACGACGGCUUCUACGUGCAGGUGCGCAACAACAGGAAGACGGCCAUCCUGGUGAAGGAGUUGAACCCCAAGAAGAGGUUGUUCCUGGUGUACCGGCCCAACACCGGCAAGCAGCUCAAACUGGAGACCUACGUUGACAUCAAGAAGAGGUUCAAGAAGGUUUUGUCAGAAGAUGCGAAACAACACUGGAUUGACCAGUUCAAGUCCUCUGCUAAGAUCUGCUCUCAUGCAUAUUGGCGGGGGAACUGUAAGAAGGCGUCAGUGGGCCUCCAGUGUGAGAUCGGUCUUCGCUGCCGGACGUACUUCGUGCUGUGCGGCUCGGUUCUCAGCGUGUGGACAAAGGUGGAGAACGUGCUGUCCUCGGUCAGCGGAACCAACGUCAAGAUGCAGAUCGUUCGCCUUAGAACCGAGGAUGGACAGAGGAUAGUUGGGCUCAUCAUCCCCCCAAACUGCGUGAACCCCCUCCUCAACAUCCUCUCCACGUCGGACCAGUGCCAGCAGCUGGCGGUGCAGGAGCAGCAGAAGUGGCAGCAGCUCCACCCCCAGAGCCUCAGCCAAGCCCCCAACACAUAGUGGAGGGUUCCCCCUCACACUCCCAGCACCCGGACACUGUCCUGAAGGAGUGGUCACUACACUGCAGUCCCCGGGACCCCGCGGGAGGCCUACGAGCCGGCCUCCCUCUCGUACCCCCGGCGACCCUGGGGGUACCGUCUGUGCGGUGCACACGUUGUUGGUCUUCAUGAGCCUCGGUGUCUGAACAGAGAACUGCGCUUCCGGGUUGCUGCUCCUCCUGCGGCUGCUGCUGCUGAUGGUGGUGGUUUUAGUAUUUGCAAGACCAGGAACUUUUCUUUUUUUUUUGUUGUCUUUCCACCUACGAAAGUUUGCUGGAUCUAUCAUAUAGCCCUCUGACAUUCAGAGAGUAAGACGUUCUGCGAUGCAUCCAUCAGGAGGAGAAGAGGACCCCAGGGAGCUUCACAUCGGUCGGCCACGUGGGUCGUGCCGGGUCCUCCCCAGGGUUAGGUUGUGUUCUAUGCCCACACGUCUGUCUAUGAUCCACACUGGCCCUAAUGAGACCAGGAGCUGUUCCCAAUGAGACCAAAGUUCAUUCAGUCACAGAGCCAUCUUCAUUCAUUUCCAGGACAUGCGUUAGACAUUUAAAAAAUGAAAGAAAAUCAAUGUUUAGUUGUAAUUUAUAUGUCCGCAUCACGUAAGCAUACAAUACCCAGGCAUAAUUGCAAUGUUUUUAGUCAUUAAUGGCCUCUCGCCAAAACUAUUCCCCAGUUUUGCUAAUUGUUCGUUGGUAUGUGGUAUAGACCGAGCGUUUGGAUACCAGAAGAAAGCUACAUAAAGUGAUUCUGAACAUUAUUCUUUAUAAUGCUGUUUGUCACCUUUCUAAAUAACAAUAACUGAAUUAAAGUAAGUUUCAACACAAUGGAAAUUUGGAAUUGGAGGAGUUUAAGAAAGUAUUUGCCUUAAAAGUUGAGCAUUGUGUUCAAAUGAGUGCAACGCAGUGUGUGUGUAUAUAUAUAUAAAAAAAAAAUAUAUAUAUAUAGUAGUGUUAAUGCAACAGUCUAAACAUCCCGAGGUUUCCAGUUUGACUGUCCCUUACGAGUAUUGAGCUAUCGGUUCAGAAUUGUCAGUAAAAGACUAUCACUGCAGCAGAUGUGGCAGUAAAUUCAUUUGUAUGCCCUGCUGUACUCUUAAGACAUGGUUUCGUUCAGAAGGCUGGUCUGUGUAUUAAUCCAUUUUCUAAUGGAUGCCGUAGUUCUCCAGGGUUCAAGUGUUCAAUGACCCUUCUCAUCAAAAUUGGAUACAGAAGCAAAAGAUGCUUAUACAAUAUCUGUAAUGCAUGUUACACCUACCUUUAAACACUAUCAUUAAUGCCUGAUGUUCAAAUUUCAUGUUGGCAUACUUCUGCUCAACUGCCCUCAACCCUCUCUUGGCUAAAGCCUUGAUUUCCCUCGGAAGGCGCCGACCCCAGACUGAUGAGGCCAACACCUAAUGGGGGCUAAUAAAAGGCUUCGGAUAUGGUUUGGGCUUGAACGCUUUGUCCCUGAUUUCCUUAAUCUGUGGGUUUAGCGCUUUUCUUUAGGUGUGAAUAUUACUUCUAAUUGAUUUUUAAGAGAAUGGUGAAGCAGGCACUUUUUUUUUAUGUAACAUACCAAAUGUGUUCAUUUAUGUACAGUUUGUAAGAGAAUCGAACAUUUCAAAUGCAGAAUGUCGUCCUUUUGGAAUGGCCGUGAAGGAAGCUGCAUUUUGUUGAGAAAAACAAAUGCCUUCUCACUUCACGCUCGCAUAGAAAAAAUAAUGUUUGUAACUUAAACUGGAAUGUCCUACACAAAGUCAAUGUAUGUUUUUAUUUGGACACUUUGAAAUGUUCUGUACAUUGGCUGCUGACAUUUUUCCGACAUGUUCUUUUUCAGUGAUGUAAAAUGAUAUAACAGGUGAACUGUUAAAAGAUAAAGACAACACACUUGAAGGACUUCCUUUGUCUCCAUGCACGAGUUGCACUACUGACUUGUACAAAACAAAAGGCUGCAUCACGUUGUUUGAAUGAGUGCAAUGACCAAUAAAGCUUGGUACACUGG